UUAGGGGUGAAUGGGCAGAAGAAAGAGGAAUCGAAAUAUUUGAACUGAGCGGCAGAACAAUGCACCCCUUUCCAACGAUACCUUUCAACGAGUGGUCAAUUUACUGUAUUUCUCAGUCAAGUUAAUCCAUAGGACGCGAUUAUUAUUUCUCACUUUUGUGAUCGUAAUCUGAAUCUCAUGCAUAUGAGGAAGAAAAAUUAGGGUGCAAUGGUAUAUUAUGUUUCGAAAAAUUUUAGUUUAUUGGAAAGGUGAGAGUAAGUUGUCAAGAAACCCAUCUAAGUAGAGUGUUGGUUGACUGUGAGGCAAGGACUGCAGAGCAUGUUACAGAUUGAAGGGGCAAACAUACAUAAAGCCAAAAACAAUCCAAUUUUUGCAUGUUUUAAGUAUUUUUUGCAAAUAUCAAUCCAAUUUUAUAGCAUUAAAAGCAACUAUUGAUGUUUCUUGGCAAUUUAAUUUCUGUUAAAUAUAGUUUGAUAAAUUGAAAUUUAUUCACGUCUUAUGGUGACUUUUUGGUUUUUCUGGGGUUGGGUAGACUCCAAUAGCAUAGUCAAUGUUUUUGUUCAUCGUAGCAACGCUCAUGUAAAUCUUUUGCAAGGCAAUGACUACUAAUCUACAUUUAAAAGCAGAUAAAAAGGGGUCUGACUUGAUCUCAUGUUUGUAUUCCAAACUUUUGAUCCACGAAAUGAAGAUGCUUUUUGACCAUUUCUUGUUUUCAUAAGUGAGGGGACCAAGUCACCUUUAGAAUUGUUCAAAUCUAGAAUCUUUCGAGUUUAAUUCUCUUGAAUUAUUUCGAAUUGAUUUGAAAGGUCAGUGUUCAAGGACUGAAUACAUUUUUAUCAUUCAAGAUGUGUAUGGUGGUUUUAUUUUUUGGUAUAAUUUUUUAAAUGUUGGUUGCAGUCUGAGAGGCAACUCAAUAACCAAAUUUAUUUGCCUCUCACCCCAACAAGUUAAUUUAAUUGUCAUUGUGAUAGUAUUGUAUAUAAGUCAUUAUAAAAAGGUAAUCUAGAGCGACGUCUGCCUCUAGAUGGAUUGUGUUUUGGACGGAUUUUUUUUCGAAUUUUUGAAUUUAGAUCACAGCCAGAAUAAGUACCAUGGAAUAAAGACUGAAUAAAACAUAGUAACUGUUGGAUGAAACAAGGCCAUUGUCUCGUUAGUUUACCUACUUCUAGUUGUCUUGCAUUGUCAUAUUUUCCUUUUGUAAUAGAAGUGUUAUGAUAUGAUAUGAUAUGAGCUUGCUUUGUCUAGAUGCUUAUAAAACUAUUUUAUGGCCUAGUUGUAUGUUUUCUAUUCAACCAACGAAGAUGGUGGGCUGUUUGUGGCUGUUUUUCACAAGCUCUUGUCAAAAUGCAAGAAGGUUUCGCAAUCAUAUCGACAUUUUAUGUCAGUAGGUAAAUAAAGAUUUCAUUACAAAUUUGUUAACGUCUUGCAAAUUUAUCUGGAAGCUGCCAAUAACUAUCAAAAUUAAACUCAAUACCUUAGAAUAACAUAUUUUGAAAGGUGUUCUGGGAAGUGGGUGGGAAUGUGUUCUUGUUGCCUCGCUUUGAGGAACUACUUUCUCUGCCCCCAAAAUGGCAGCCACAUUGAGAAAACGCGUUGGGAAAGAUUUGCACGACAGCUAUUCUGAUUCACUAGAUGAUGGUAAAGAAAAUGCUGUGAAAGCUCUUGGCAAUGAAAAACGUAUAUCGCUAGCGGAAUUCGCUUUUCUGUGCCUUUGUAUUACAUUGCUCGUCGCACUUGCAUGUCUGCCGCAUUUCCAUCUGCCUAGGCCCAAAACUGUGAAAGAAUCUAAGGAGACUGAUUUUACUGCUGAGAAGGCACGGACAUAUUUAGAAGGUCUAACAAAGCUUGGAGCACGAACAGUUGGCAGUUAUGCAAAUGAUGUACAAGCUGUUGAUUAUCUCAUGAAAGAAAUUUAUAAUAUUAUAGCGCACACACAGGUAUAUUAUCAUGUUCACGUUGAUGUGCAAACAGCAUCAGGCGGAUUUAUGUUGAAUUUUUUGCACAAAGACUUUGCUGUCGCUUACGAAAACAUAACAAACAUAAUUGUCCACAUACACCCGAAAAGCAGUAAAGCAACAGACCCAAACGUUCUUCUGAAUAGUCACUUUGAUACACAACCUAGAACUGAGGGUGCAAGUGAUGAUGCUGUUAGUUGUGCCAUGAUGCUAGAGAUAAUGAGGGCUAUCUCAAGGUCACCACCAAGAACUAUAAAGAAUGGCAUUGUGUUUCUUUUCAAUGGUGCUGAAGAAGGGAUACUUGAAGGUAGCCAUGCUUUUGUAACAAAGCAUAAGCUUGCUUCUACAAUAAAGGCAUUUGUUAACUUGGAAGCUGCAGGCUCAGGUGGGAGGGAAAUUGUCUUUCAAACUGGACCAGGACAUCCAUGGCUUAUUCAUACAUAUGCCUCAUCUUCUCAGUAUCCCUAUGCAUCAAUAGUGGGACAAGAGAUAUUCCAAUCUGGAAUAAUCCCAUCUGAUACGGAUUUUAGAAUUUUUCGAGAUUAUGGAAACUUGGUUGGUAUUGACAUUGCCUAUGCUUCAAACGGCUAUGUCUAUCACACCCGUCAUGAUAAUUCCUCUAUUAUUCCAGACGGUUCAAUUCAAAGAGGAGGAGAGAAUGUACUUGCAGUUAUAAAAGCUCUGUCAAAAUCACCCUAUUUGACUCAUGAAGAAAACUUUAAACAUGGAAGAACAGCAUAUUUUGAUUUCCUAGGAGCAUAUAUGAUUUUGAUUCCAGAAAGCUUUUUAACUUUGGUGAGCAUUGGCUCAAUAGGUUUUUCACUUCUUUACAUACUGGCAGCUUUGCUAGAAAAAAACACAGUGCAAGACAAAUUUCCUAAAAAUGUGACUUUUCUUUCAUUCAUCAUAGCUAUAGUCACAAUUGUUUGCUCAUGGACAAGUGCCAUAUUUGUAUCUGCUCUUGAUGCAGUUAUUUUGACAAAAUUAGGAUGCUCUUUGUCAUGGUACAGUCAUCCUUGGUUUGCACUUGUUCUAUAUGGAUCACCAGCAUUGGCAACUAUAUUGUUAGUACAUAUUGGUGUUAGAAAGAUUGCAAAAAAAUUUGGCAUAUCAUUUGGAGAAGAUGAGCACGAGCCAGAAAUAUAUGAAAACAAUUGCAUAUUGGCACAUAUCCUGUUGGUAUCAAUAGUGGUUGCUUUGAUGACUUACAAGGGAAUUCUUUCAUCAUUUUUGGUUGUAACAUACCUGGUUUUUCCACUUAUCUUCCACUGUUGCAUCAGACCCUGGAUGCAUAAGAAUGGCCAAAAUGAUGAAUUUUACACUAAAAAAUUACUUCUUAUCCAUAUUCUUGCUGUUUCAUUUCCAAUUGUCCUUUUUACCUAUCAUUUGUUUUCAUUAUUUGAUGUAUUCAUCCCUAUUAUGGGAAGGCAAGGCUCUGAGAUCCCACCAGAUUUAGUUUUUGCUGUUUUAUCUUCAUUUGUUGUUAUCAUCAUUACACUUUACCUUACAUCACUUACUCACUUAGCUCAGAGGGCAGUUUUGAUUGGGAAGAUUGCUGGUUUUAUUGCUUUUGUUUCCUUUCUCUUUGCUUUGCUGGGAAUUAUGUUUCCAUAUUCAGGAAGUCAUCCGGUUUCACCAAAGAGGAUAUUUCUUCAACAUGUGGUUCGUAAUUUUCACAACAAAGAUGGUUUGGUCUAUAAGAAUGACUCUGGUAUAUGGUUUGCACCUUUAGAUUAUCUAGGUUUGAAGCCAGUGAUGCAUCUACCCAGCUUGAAGGAUGUUGCCAGUGCGGAAUGUGAUGGCCCAUAUUGCGGCUAUCCUUAUAUCUUCCCCAUGAGAAGACUCUUGAAGAAAACAUGGUAUUUGAAAGGACCACCUCCAUUCAAAACAAGCAAAAAAUUGUCCAGUUUCAGGAUAAUCAAACAGGAAACCCUUGAAAAUGGCAAUGUUAAAUUUCAAAUAAGAAUCAAAGGGCCAGACCACAUGACAUUGCUUGUAACUCCAAAUGAGGGUAACAAACUGGUGCACUGGUCAGUAACAGAUGAACCACCUUCAGGGCAACAAGACUAUGAUGGCAGGAUGACAUUCUACACAUACUAUGCACAUGGUUUUCAUGCAAAACCUUGGGAUUUCUGGCUUGAAUUUGAAGUCAGUGGAGAAAGAGACGAUGAGAGCAUUGCUGAUGUUGCUGUUGCAGGACACUAUUUGCAUGGUCCCCUGUCAACUACAAAAUGGAUGCAGAAGAUUGUAAGAGAAUUUCCUUCAUGGGUUGUUGAUGUUGCCUUUGUUAGUUCUUAUGAUGUGUGGAGAAUUUGAUCAUGUCCUUUUUGCUUUAUUAAGCUAUGAUUUUAUCUCUACCCUUUUUUGAAAUUUUAAAUCUUGUUGUAUCCAAAUUUUGCAACCAUUUUCAAGUUGCUUAUCCCAAACAUAAAGAUGAAAAUUGUAGAAGAUAUAAAUUUGUGUCUGUCAUAGAAGCUAUAAAGCUUUUCUUCCUUUUUCUCUAAGAGCUUUGUUGGGUUGUCAUUUCUAAUUGGUUUGUUUUUGUCAGAAAGUGUUAAGUAUGUGUCAUGUAACCCACAGUUCAUGCACCAAGGAAAAAUGUUUGGAUAUUUAAUUGAAUUUUAAAUAGCCAAUUUUUUGCAAUUUCCUUUCAUUUCCUUCAUGGUUUAAAGUUGCUACCAUCAACUGUUCUCAAAAUAUUAUCAAAGAAAAAAAGUUGUACAAUAAAACUUCCAUCUCACGAAACCCUUUUUCAAUGAGGCCCACUGUACAACCUCAAUAACCAACCUGUCAAGCUUUCAUGUUAUAUAUAUGUAAAUGUGACAAAGAUCUUUGAGCCAGGUAUUCCAAGAACAGAGGAUUUCAACUUUUAUUUGACUUACAUUUGUUUAUUUAGUUUGAUUUUACUGUUUAAUUUGAAGUUGAUUGUUUGCUGUUCUUUGCUGAGCAUAGUUGACCUUUUCAGAAAAAACAUUUUCUCUUGUUGCCUUUCCUUGAAAAAACAAAAUGAAAUAUAAUCAGUACAGUUUUUGUUGAUGUCACCAUCCUAGUUUUUCUAGAUAAUAAAAAAUGAAUCUGAGAUAGGCAUUACAGACUAUGAUUAAUGCCUAACCGUUUGUAGAUAUUUGUAUGUUGCUUGAAACUGUGGACAAUUUAUUUGGUUUUUAUAUGGGUAAUUAUAUACUUAAGAGAUCAUUAUUGAAAAAUCCAUUUAUAGAAAAUGAUUCCCCUUUUUAUAGUUUUCCAUAUCUCAUAUCUACAUUAUUGGCCAGAGCAAGUUUUUAUGAAAAGGCUUUAUUAUGUUCAGCAAAAAUAGCAAUUAAAUAAUAUUUUCGUGUUCAUGAUUUGCGUAUCAAAGGUUUCAAUAUGUUUUACAUCCUGAUGCGAAUUGAAAGUAGUUACAGCUAAACAGAUGCUAAUAUUUUCAAUGUUAUACAAAACUUCUUACUGAUUGUAUCUUGAAUAUUAUUCACGCAAGUAUAGUAAUAUCUGAGCAAUAUAUUGAUAUCUAUAUUUUAAUAAGGAUGAUGAUUAUCUGCAGUUUGUUAUUUACACGAAUCAAGCAAUAGUGUGUGGUUGUCAA